AUACGCUUACCUCAGUCAGUUGUGUGCCAUGGUGCGAGCAUCUACGCAGCUACGUCGAAAUUCCCUAAAAGGAAAAUAAAAAGUAAAGGGAUAGAACGAUAAAAUUAAUUUAACCCACAUACAGAAUCAAUUAAAGGGGACCAGUGUACGUAAAAAAAAACAGAGCAUAAGAAUGCGCCUCGCGAGUUACCCAAAUCAAUCAAAGUCCCUGAAGAAGACGCAGGAUUAUCAUAUAAGCAUGAACAUCUGACUUAUAUAUAUCUUUGACAAGAUAUAUUCACAGUAUGGAGCAGGAAGUGCAGGAUACGUGUUACAGUGCCGGUAGCAUAGCCGGGGCUGUUUUGGGUACAUUUUUUACAACACUUUUACUUCUUGUUCUUACUGGUUUGCUUUAUCGACAAUGGCGCAGGCAUAAGGGAAAACACCUGGUGCUGGUGACCGAUCCUGAGAUCGUGGAGGAUGCUUAUGCCUUUGACAAUCCCUGCUUCAAAGAUGCUACUCCUGCUGCUGUACGAAGUCUUGAUAGAACGGUGUCGUCCAGUCCAGCCGAGACACCAGUUAAAGAUUCUACGAGAUGGUCUACUCCCUGGUCUUCUUUAGGCAUUGGUUCACCUGGGAACCGUACUGAUAAGAGGAGAACUCUGGACGACUCUUGUCUUGGACCCAAAGCUACCAGAGUUAGUGUGGUCAGUCUUCGUAGCAGAGACUUCACUGGACUUGGGUUUAAUGUAUGUGGAAAUAUGCGCGAAGGGAUCUUUGUGAAGGAUCUUCUUCAUCGAGGUCCUGCUUCAGAGUCCGGUCGGAUACAUCCAGGAGACCGGAUAGCAAGUGUAAAGAUCAGCUUCCGCAGUAUGGUCUAUGAAGACGCUCUGACGAUACUGAGCUACGCAUCUCCUUAUGAUGUUGAGCUUGAGGUCGAAAGCGGUGGUGGACCAGGAUCUAAACCUACGACCUUACUGAAGAAGAGUAUCGGACCAAGUCCUACAAGGAUAUGUCAUCCUCUUUAUAGGAGCCAAUCGAUUCCUGAACUUUCUCAAGGUCACAAGAGUUCAGCUAAGCGAUUAUUUAUUGCUGAUCCUAAUGAGUCUCUCGGUUCUAAUUAUUCAACUAUGAACUCUACCCUAAAGUCAUCCAAGUCUACUCCCGGUAAUCAAACGUUGGAACGCCGCCACGAGGAGGUCAAGAAUAAUCAUCAUAAGUUUGGUAUCAAGGUACUUCCAGCAUUAGAUGGUACCGUUCACAGAAUUGAAAACGAAAAUGAACAUAACACGAAUCUCGAACGGAGAAACUCACGAAAGCUGGACGCGGAGAAGUACCUAGUUGGUACCAGAAGUUCCGGUCAUCAGGAUGAUUCAUCACUCAUUUCCGGCACGAACGUUGUACCAUUUGCACAUGAGAAGAAGACUACUGAGAGUGUUCAGACACGCGAGAGUGCACCAUUAAAAAGAGAAUCUAUUGAUACCAAUGGUAUUGAUGUGACUGAUCGUGUUAAUGUAACGGAAGCUGGUUCAAUACCCACAGAAGUCCCAGCUGAGGUUCACAACGCUGCCAUGGCUGCUAGAUGUAAUCGGAAAAAUAGUGCUGAACUACUCUCAAAAAAAUCACCUAGUGAACAUGACGCAGAAGACCCAAAAAGUCCUCAAAAAAAUAAACGUAAGGCCCCAGCUCCUCCCAAAACUAUGCUAUCCGCUUCAGAUAUUUCACCAGGCAAAAAGGAGCGAAUGGAAGCUGAUGACAAGAUUGACAGUAUAGCUGACUACACGGAGUCAUUAAAUGAUUAUGUCAAUAAAGUGAGAGAAACCACAGAUGGCGCUGAAGCACGUCGACAACGCUUAGAGAACCAGGCUGCUACCUGCAGACGGAAUUCGGAAUCAGAUACUGACAGUGAACUACAGAAUAGUUUCACUACUAUCGAACUUAACCCGGCGGACAUUACUAUUCAUCACACACCUGUGCCAGAGGUUGAUGACGACCUCUACCGAAAGGCCGCCAGUCUUGGUGACCUUUCAAAAUAUGAAAGUAGAACUUCUACUACUCUAGAAAGGGCUCAGAGUCUCGACAUGACCGAUACUGGCUCUAAGAAACGCAAAGCUCCUUUACCACCUGAAGACAUUAAUGAAUCUACAGAGGACCUGACCAAAUUGGAUCAGAUGGAUACGUUUGAGAGGCGGAAGCUGAAAAAGUCAAACGAAUGGGGUACCUUGGAGGAUGCUAUAUGGACAAAAGCUGAACCUGAAGAGAAAAAGCCAAAAAUCAGAAAGAAGAGUAAUGGAACAUUGGAGAGGUCAAAGUCUGCUGUAGAAAUACAACUUAAGGAAGAAUUCACAAUCCCAACAACCACAACAGACAGGAUCAACCUUUCUGAUGAAGAUGUUGAUAGCAGCAUUGAACUUUAUAAUUUACCAUUGAGUAAACAGCUCACCCGGGACUUGAUCGAAUCGGAAAGGAUGUUCAAUCCUGAUCAAGAUAAUUCUUUGGCCAGAAUAGUGAAUAAUGGGUCUGUCAUGAAGAGUCCCACAGUAGAGGAGAUCGAGCUAGAUUUCAGACAGGCCAAACCCCUGUCUGAUGCAGAAGAUGAUAUUGGUAAGGAUGAAAAUAAAGAGAGAAUCUCAGCUAACGAAGAAUUCGGCAGAGCUUUACGGUUCUUUGAUCUACACACUAGACCCACGUCAACCAAUAAAAACCUGGACAGCAGUGCCAUGUAUGAGGGUAAAAAAGAAGUCGUAGAGGAACCGAUAACAAAAGUAAUAAUAGACAAGCAUUGCCCCUACUGCGAACACAGAGCACAUGGUGAACAAUGUAAGCACAAUACACAGGAAGCAGUGCGAGAAUCGCCGGAAGUCAUUGUGAGAAAAAUUGAGACACAUCAACAGGCACCAAAUAUGAAAAUGCCAGAACGCGAAUCUCUUUCAACAUUCCAAGCCCACAGAACUAAAUUUGAGAACAGAAAUUUAUCAGCUCAAACCAAAUCACCUAGUGAUUCCCCUGCGGCAUUUGAAACUCAUUUUGCUAAACGUAUACUGAAUGUAGCGGAUGACAAGAAUGAGGAUGCAUAUGAUUUCGGUACGUCAGUCACAGUGAAUAAAAAAAAUCCAUUCGUAGCCAACGAAGACAGGAACAAUAUCAGUAAUAUCAGCAACGUGUCUGUCUCUAGUGGAGAAAAUAGUGAAGACAGUGGCGUCGUCAGAGGCGUCGACGAGACCUUAACGCACAGUUCAAGACCACCACUUCCAGAGACCCCGAUGCCGUUGUCCAGCACUCCUCACAAGAUGACAUAUAUCACAGAGAUAAAGGUCUCCACUAGUCGAGAGAAUAUUCACGAACCAGAAAGUGAAAAUGAAGAAAUUGUUGCCAUCAUGGAAGGUACUAAUGAAAACCGGAAACCUGAAGAGCCGGUAGUCACGUCUAACGGGAAACCAAUGCCCGGGAAGAAACCGCCAAUCCCUCCUAGAAGAUCUGACAUAACUAAAAGUACAACGGUCACUAACGAGGAUGCUGCAGACAAACAGGUGCUUUAUGUAUCUGAGUAUAAAUCUGUACCCGACGUCGGGACGUCUGAAGUAAAACAACCUGGUGCCAUUUCAAAAAAAUUUGAACAAUGGGUAUUCCUGGGUGAAAACAAGGACAAUCCAUGGGGAAACGGUUCCAGUCAGCCCCAGCCGGUCACUAGCAUUGUACUGUCCUCAUCAAAUGAUGACAAGAUUGUACAGCAUCAGUGAAUAAUUAACAGACCGGAUGUGUAUCGAAAAUCAAAUUGAAUCAUGCUAUCAAAAAGUGGGCAUUUUAAAAUCAUGUGCUCUUUCCAACGAGUCCGUCCGAGAAUAUUUUUCUAUUGCGUUAUCGCGAAAAUCAAAUAAUCUCCGUUUAUAACAUAGUCACACUUUUCUAAAUCUGUUCUUUGUUUUCUUUCUUCUUACUUGUUUAUCUCUUUUUGUUCAAAAGCUACGUGCCAUAAUGACUAAAAAAAAGUGUAAGACGUGUGCGAUUGUGAGAACCAUAUUUUAUUUUUAAUAACGUUUUCGCAAUGUGAUUAUUGAGUACUAUAUAUAUUUGUUUUUACUGUUUUCCGAACCAUAGGAGAAAUUGAUAAUGACUGUAACGAGUAAUGAAUAUUAGAAACGAGUUGUAAAAUUCAAAUGAAUUCUAUUAUUUGUAAAUAGAGAGGCCAGUGCGCGUCAGAUUGAAUGUAGUAUAGAAGAUAACGUAAGGAAUUCCUUGUAACACUUCUUCUGUAAUUGUUAAAUGAGUUUUAAAUUCGUACCAUUUUUUCAUGAGGAAGAUCCGAAUGUAGGUCCAUUAAUCAUACAUUAUAGCUAUAAUCAGUUCGCAAUCAAUGUGAUCCGCGGUAUCAAUAUUUAUAACAUUUAUAAGAGAGUACAGCUGUAUAUUAUCUAGGUGUUGAUAUACAUAUGACUAUAUAAUUUUUUAUAGUUACUCCUAGCAUCCAACUUCUCUUUAUUGUCGUCUCCAUUCCAUUCAUUGACUAAUCUUCACUAACGUACAAAAAAAGACAAUCAUAUUCUCCUCCCAAAUAUACUGCUGUAAUAUAAUUUAUUGUCUGCUCGAGGUUAUUGUUUAUUAUGGAAUCUAGAUUUAAUAUUAUUUCUGUUUUUAUUUUAAUCUCUCGUUGCAUUGUAAUGACGCAUGUGCAAAUUGUACAUUUCUCUUUUUCAGAUCCACUUUUAUCUUUUCUUUCUAACGAAUGGUGCCACCACAGAAAUACAUAUAUUUUUCUAUCGGUUGUGUAAGUCAAAUACGACUAGUUGUACUAUACAAUUAUAUAUUUAAUAUACAUAAAUUCGUCUAUGCAUUAAUUCGUACAUAAUACAUACAUCAUUAGAAACAUUCUAAUCAAAUCGUACGAAGGUAAUGUAAAAAGUUACUUUUCAGCAACCGAAAUUGUUAUAUGAUUAUAAUUUGAUAUAUAUUGUAUAUUUUAUUUUUUAUUGCUAGACCUAGAUAUUAUCUUUUAAUGUAAGGAAACUCGUGUUUGUAUAACAAAAAAUCGUAUUGUUUACCAAA